GGGACAGUUCAGCUGAAUAGGAGGGAGUAAUAUAUAAAUCCAUACAAAUCAAUAGUCAAUGAAAUAAGAUCCAUACUGAAGCCAUGCUGAAUAAUUUGUGGGUUUACAGCUUAUUCUUUAUCAUCUUUCUCUCUUCUUUAAGGUUUAUUCCUGCAGCAAAUUGUCAUUCAAAUCCAAAUGAAAAUAUUACAAUCAAGUGGGAUCUUAUAAAUUGGACUCCAGAUGGUUAUGUUGCUGUAAUCACAAUGUACAACUUUCAAAAACGUCCAAUUAGAGCACCAGGAUGGCAAUUAAGUUGGAUUUGGGCAAAAAAUGAAGUCAUAUGGACCACACUUGGAUGCCAAGCAACGCACCAAGGGGAUUGUUCAAAGUUCAAAAAUUACAUCCCAGCUAGUUGCAAGAAAAGUCCUACCAUUGUAGACUUGUCCCCACAUACACCAUUCAAUCAACAAGUCGAAAACUGUUGUCGAGGAGGUCUGCUCGAUGCUUGGUCGAACAAACCUCAAUCUCGAUCGAUAAGCAGUUUCCAACUUAGUGUUGGAUUAUCAGGGAAUACUAAUAGAGAUGUAAAAUUGCCUAAAAAUUUUAAUUUUAAGGCUCCUGGAGGUAAAUAUACGUGUGGACCUGCGAAGGUAAUUGAGCGUACAAAUUAUAUAACUCGGGACAAGAGAAGAUUUACUCGUGCAUUAAUGACUUGGAAGGUUAUAUGUAAGCACUCUGGUUAAUUCUAUUUCCGGGAAAUAACUAAAAUAAAGCAGCCCCGUGAAUUAUAUUGGACUUUUGUUCAUAGCUUAUUGUCAAAUUGCUUAUGUCUUCUAUUUAAUCAAUGAUGAAAUUUGCGUAAAAUGUUGUAUAUUUUAUUUUAUAAAUUUGUUAUGGAGCUUGUAAUUUGUAAACAAGUCUUAUAUGAUAAGAAAAUUGGCUGCGGAUAAAUCAGAUGAUGUUUCAUCUUAAAACCAAUUAGUAAUACGAAAAGUAGUCCAUAUAACUUAUAUUUCUCUUAAUUUUUCGAUAUGGGAUUACAUUUAAAUUUUUUUAGAGCAACUCUUUCGCUUUAAUAUUUCUUUUGUUCCUUUUGUGGUUUCAACUCUUCAAAGUAAAUCUAUAUAUCUCACUAAAAAGAAAAUGUAUAAUUAAAAGACGAAGAAAGUAUUUUCUAUUUUAUGAGGAGAGAAAGUAAUAGUGGUACUCAUCAUUAGUCAUUGGGCCUCUUCAUAUAUUUGUGAGAAAAUUUGAAAUACUU